AUGGCGCGCCGACGCGGUCGGGCGCAGGAAACCGCGGCCGAGGCCGAGCCCGUCGUCGAGGAGCCGCAGCCUGUCCAGGAGACGCCCGCCGACAACCGCGACGAUGACGAGAUGGCCGAGGGCGACGAUGACGAGGAGCGCCAGGAACAGCACAGCCUCGCCUUUGACGAGGAGCUCUCGUGGCGCCCGGCCAAACCCAUACCCACCGCCACCCUUCUGGCCCGCCUCGAGCGCCUGUCCAAGGAGCUCGCCGACUUUGACCAGGGUGCCGUCGCGCUCGACUCGCUCAAGACGGUCGCCGCGCAGCUUGCCCACCGCAACCUUCUCCAGCACAAGGAUCGCGGCGUCAAGGCCUACACGGCCUGCUGUCUGGUGGACCUCCUCCGUCUCUAUGUUCCAGACGCGCCCUUCACAGACGAGCAGCUUAAGAUGAUGUUUACUCUAUUCGUCAAGGAGAUCCUACCUGCUCUCCACGACCCAUCCAACCCAUACGAUAGCCAGCACAAAUACGUUCUCGUGUCCUUGACUGAAGUCAAGAGCAUUUUGCUCAUUUGCGAUAUCCACGGUGCCGAUGACUUGCUCCUGCGACUCUUCAAUUCCGCCUUUGACGGCGUCUCGACCAGCUCCAAAGCCUCACCCGACGAGCAGGUCGCCAAGGAUGUCGAAAUUCACCUGACGGACAUGCUCAUGCAUCUUAUCGAGGAGUCCCCAGGUAGUGUGCCGGCUAGCGUCAUCGAUGCGAUUAUCAGUCAGUUUCUACGGGCUGCUCCCCCCGGCGGAAAUAAGUCUAAAGAGGCCAAUGGCAAGCAAUCGACGUUGCUACACAAGACGGAGCCCCCCGCGUACAUCAUGGCCAAAAACAUUUGCAACGGCUGCGCCGACAAAAUGUCGCGUUACGUCAGUCAAUACUUUAGUGAUGUCAUUCUCAAUGCCUCUGGUUUUGCUACCAAGAACGGAUAUGGACACGGCGACGAUUCCGACGACGAAGACGGCAAUGCAGGCCCCUCUGAGGCCGAUUUAAAGAGCUUGCGGCAGGCGCACGCCCUGAUUCGAGAGCUAUGGCGAGCCGCGCCCACGAUUCUAGAAAAUGUUGUUCCGCAGCUCGACGCGGAGCUAUCGGCCGACAACGUCCACCUCCGCCACAUUGCCACUGAGGCGUUUGGAGACAUGAUUUCGGGUAUUGGUGCUGCUGGACCCCCUCCGCCGCCCGCCCUCGACCCUGCCGCCUAUCCUCCUCUCCGGCUGAUGGACGAGCCUGGUACUCCUACCGAGGCCAACGUUCUCACCACGCCCUUUUCGCCGUUGUCUUUUGCUCAAACCCAUCACGCCACAUACCGCAACUUUGUUAGCAGAAAAAAUGACAAGUCUGGCACCAUCCGUGCUGCCUGGGUCACUGCUAUUGGGCAUAUUCUCUCUACGUCUGCUGGUGGCAUUGGUCUAAGUAGAGAGGACGAGACUGAGCUCGUCCGUGGUUUAGUCGACAAGCUAAACGAUAGCGAAGAAAAGGUGCGCUUGGCCGCCGUCAAGGCCAUUGAACUGUUCCAAUUCAGAGAUGUGAUUCUCAAGCUUGGCGCCACCGGUGGUGUUGAUAAGGAGGGCUCCCUCUUUUCCAGUUUGUCUGAUCGAUGCCGUGACCGAAAGGCGGCCGUUCGCGUGGAUGCCAUGGUUUUACUCGGAAAGCUAUGGGCUGUUGGCGCUACGGAUAUCGAAGAAGGACAAGAGGCAGUGACUGCAUGUCUCGCCGGUGUGCCGUCCAGGAUCAUCAACUCCUUCUACGCCAAUGACUUAGAUCUCAAUGUUUUGCUUGAUCGCGUCAUGUUCGAGUGCCUCGUUCCCCUCAAAUUUCCCCUGGUCAAGGGCAAGUCCGGGAAAGGUGGCUCCAAGAAUACCAUGAGCCAAGCGGAACAGGAUAGCAUUCGCGCGGAGCGAAUUCUUCUGAUGAUCAAAUCCAUGGACCAAUCAGCGCAAAAGGCCUUCUUCGCUAUGCAGGCGCGUCAGCCGCAAUUUGCAAAGGGCGUAUUUCUCCUGAUUAAGCAGUGCGAGGCGUACAAUGGCGGGGUGAUUGAUUCCAAUGAUGACAAGGUCAAGGCUAGUCUCACCAAGACGUUCGACUGGAUUGCUCGCUUCUUCCCAGAUGGUCUCAAGGUCCGUGGAGAUUUGCAAAAAUUUGCCAAAUUGAAUGAGCGCCGAAGCUACCAACUUGUCAAAUACGCUAUUGAAUCCGAGAGUGAUUUCAAGACUGUCCGAAGAGCCAUCAGCGAACUCAUCACGAAACUGCAGGCCAGCAAUGCUGCUGUUGCGCUGGACACCAUCAUCCCCCUGUUGUAUCGAUCCAGCUCUCUCAUGUUCAACCGCAGUCAUCUGGCAACGAUUAUGGACUUUUCCAAGAGUGACAAGGGCGGUCUUGCCGCUGUCGCCCACCUCGUUUUGAACGACAUUUCGCAGCGCAACCCUGAUUUGUUCAAGGCGCACGCAGAGGAACUCCGCAAGGAAAUCAUUGAUCAAGCCCCUUCCGAGAACAAAACCAAUGACCCCUCCGUUGACAUCUUGAAGGCGUACGCAUCUUAUGCCAAGAAGUACCCCCAAGACGUCAGUCUAGACAGAAGCUUCACCCAGACCCUUACCAACUAUGCCAUGUAUGGUACGCCACCCAAGACGGCCAAGUUUGCUAUCAACAUCAUGCUCGCCAAGGAAGACGACAAGAGUAAGGUCAAUGCUACAAAUCUCUUGCGUAAAACUAUGCAAGACCUUGCCUAUGGAAAGCCACACUUUUUGAACAAGCUUGCCACCAUCUGUCAGCUGGAACGAUUAGUCCCCAGUGUGACAAUAGAUGAGGGCGAUGCGAUUCAAGAUCUCAUACUCAAGUCGAUUCUUCGCCAAGUUCACACAGAUGCCAAACCCGGGGCCGAUCCAUCAUGGGUGGACGAUGCUGAUAUGGAUGAGGAGAUCCAGGCCAAAUGUUUAGCCCUGCGUAUUCUUACCAACCAAGCCAUUGCCAGCCAGAACGAGGCUGACUCCGAGACGAGGGUCAAGACGGUUUUCAAACUGCUCAAGACGUUUGUGGUGAAUGAGGGCGAGUUCUGUAAGGUCAAGGACACUCCUCAACAUCAUAAGAAGAGACUGCGUCUUCUCGCUGCUCUUCUGAUGCUCAAGCUCUGCGCAGUGAAGAAGUACGAUGAGCAACUCGACCCUGUCACCUUCAACAAGCUCGCAGAGGUGGUGCAAGAUAGCGAAGUGCAAGUCCGUCGCCGCUUCAUGGAGAAGCUCCAGAACUACCUGACACACGGUAAGCUCCGAGCUCGCUUCCUGACAAUGCUUUUCCUUGUUGCGUUUGAGCCCGCGCCUGAAGUCAAGCACCGCGUCGAGACUUGGCUCCGUUCCAGAGCCUUGCACUAUGCCGAGAACAAAAAGGAGGUCAUGGAGGCCAUCCUCGGACGACUCAUCCCGCUGCUAGCCCAUCACCCGGAUUACAGCGCUGGCGUCGACGACCUGGCAGACUUUGCCAACUACUUUCUCUUCUACCUUAAUGCGGUAGCGACCGAGUCCAACCUGGGUCUGAUUAGCAAGUACGCGGAGAGGGCGAAGCAGACGCGCGACGCGAUCAACCCCGACGCGAGCGAGAAUCUGUAUGUCCUCAGCGACUUGGCGCAGGCCAUCAUUCGCAAAUUCCAAGAAAAGAGAAACUGGAGCUUCCGCGUCUACCCAGGCAAGGUGGGACUGGCCACCGGUCUCUUUGCGCCGCUGCCAUCUAGUGAAGCCGCAGAGGAGAUUGCGAAGAAGCAAUACAUUCCAGAGGCGCUAGAUGAGAAACUGGAUAACCUGAUCCGAUCUUUUGAGAAGAAAAAGAAGCGCAAGUCGAUGCAUGAAUCCGGCGAGCCGUCGGCCAAGCGCUCAAGAACACAGAUAAAGACUGUUAUUCGUGAAAAGGCGGCCCCAAGACCGCCCAAGGCAAAAAAGGCCAAGAAAGUCAAAGCGGCUCGCCCAGUGAAGCAGCGCGGAUCGGCUGGCGCAGAGGCCACGGAGGCCGGCGAGCGUCGCCGCAGCAGCCGCGUCACCAAGGCUUCCGACUACAAGGAGCGCGAGGACAAGGACGACGAAGACGAGAUGCUCGACGGUGUCGCCGAGUGGAAGUAUGGCGCCCACUCGUCGGACGAGGACAGCGAAGAAGAGGUCGAGUCGGGCGAGGAGUCGGGCGAUGCUCAAGAGGAGGCGGGUGAGGACGAGGCGGAAGAGGACGAGGAAGAGGAAGAGGAAGAGAAGCCAGCAGCGAAGAAUGGGCGGCGGACUCAGCGAGCAAAGCCACCUAUCAAGGCAAGCGUAUCAGCGGUCGUCCGCAGGGGAGCCCGGUCCAAGCGGUCAUCCCACGGGGACGACAUGGACACUGACGAUUAA